CCCCACCCUCAGUCCCAGGGGCUGCCAGACCCGCCGGAGUCCGACCCGAGCGCGCCGCGGAGCCCGGACCUUCCCUUGGACACUCGGACCGGGCCAUGGCUUCACUGCCGCGCCUGCUCUGUCUCUGCGUCGCCGCCGCGCACCUGGCGGGGGCCCGAGACACCACCUCCACUGAGGAGCCCACGGCGACUGCAUGGGGCCUGGAAGGACGGUCUGUGCACCCCGACCAGCCCUCACCAGCCCUGGAGGACUGGGAAGCGCGUGCGGUGCCCGCAGAGGCCAGCGAGUGGACGUCCUGGUUCAACGUGGACCACCCCGGAGGCGACGGCGACUUCGAGAGCCUGGCCGCCAUCCGCUUCUACUACGGGCCGGCACGCGUGUGCCCGCGGCCGCUGGCGCUGGAAGCGCGCACCACGGACUGGGCGCUGCCGUCCGCGGUGGGCGAGCGCGUGCACGUGAACCCCACGCGCGGCUUCUGGUGUCUCAACCGCGAGCAGCCGCGCGGCCGCCGCUGCUCCAACUACCACGUGCGCUUCCGCUGCCCGCUCGAGACCGCGUGGGGCGCGUGGGGCCCGUGGGGUCCCUGCUCAGGCAGCUGCGGGCCAGGCCGUCGCCUGCGCCGCCGCCGCUGCCCAAGCCCCUCUGGGGAUGCGUGUCCCGGGCGCACCCUGGAGGCGCAGAAGUGUGUCCGGCCGCGGUGCCCAGAGUGCAGCCCUGACACCUGUGAGUGCCCCAACCACAUCCUCCUGGGCUCUGUGGUCACCCGAUCCGGGCAACCACUGCCGGGAGCCAGGGUCUCUCUGCGAGACCGGCCUGGUACCAUAGCCACCAGUGAUGCCCACGGAACCUUCCGGGUGCCUGGCGUGUGUGCCGACAGCCAGGCCAGUGUCAGGGCCCACAUGGAUGGCUUCUCUGCAGGGAUGGCCCAGGCCCAGGCCAACGGGUCUGUCUCCACGGUUACCAUCGUCCUUGAUAAAUUGCAGAAGCCCUACCUGGUGAAGCACCCCAAGUCCCGAGUGCGGGAGGCUGGCCAGAAUGUAACCUUCUGCUGCAAAGCCUCGGGGACCCCUAUGCCCAAGAAAUACUCCUGGUUCCACAACGGGACCCUGCUGGACAGGCGAGCGCACAGGUAUGGGGCCCACCUGGAGCUGUGGGGGCUACGGCCAGACCAGGCUGGUAUCUACCACUGCAAGGCGUGGAAUGAGGCGGGUGCCGUGCGCUCGAGCACCGCUCGGCUCACCGUGCUUGCCCCAGGCCAGCCGGCCUGUGACCCCCAGCCCCGGGAGUACCUGGUCAAGCUCCCAGACGACUGUGGGCAGCCUGGCAGCGGCCCCACCUACCUGGAUGUGGGCCUCUGCCCCGACACUCGCUGCCCCAGCCCUGCAGGCUGGGGCCCCCGGUGUGGGGACGACGGUUCCCGCUGCUGCUCCGUGCGCCGCCUCCAGAGCAGGGAGAUCCACUGUUCUGGCUAUGUCCUCCCGGUGAAGGUGGUGGCUGAGUGUGGCUGCCAGAAGUGUCUGCCCCCCCGGGGGCUGGUCCGGGGCCGUGUGGUGGCUGCGGACUCGGGGGAGCCACUGCGCUUUGCCAGGAUCCUGUUGGGCAGGGAGCCGAUUGGCUUCACCUCCUACCAAGGCGACUUCACUAUCGAGGUGCCGCCCUCCACUGAGCGGCUGGUGGUGACUUUCCUGGACCCCAGCGGUGAAUUCAUGGACGCUGUUCGGGUCUUGCCUUUUGACCCUCGAGGUGCCGGGGUGUACCACGAGGUCAAGGCCAUGCGGAAAAAAGCUCCGAUCGUCUUGGAUGCCAGCCAGAGCAACACGAUCCCCCUGGGGGAGCUGGAAGACGAGGCACCCUUGGGCGAGCUGGUCCUGCCGCCUGGAGCCUUCCGCAGUGCGGACGGCAAACGCUACUCGGGGCCUGUGGAGGCCCGGGUGACCUUCGUGGACCCCCGAGACCUCACCUCGGCCACUGCCGCCCCCAGCGACCUGCGCUUCGUGGACAGUGACGGUGAGCUGGCCCCGCUGCGCACCUACGGCAUGUUCUCGGUGGACCUCCGCGCCCCGGGCUCCGUGGAGCAGCUGCAGGCAGGGCCCGUGGCCGUGCGUGUGGCCUCCGACCAGAUCCGCAUGGCGGGCCACGCGGAGGCCCUCAAGCUGUGGUCGCUGAACCCUGAGACCGGCUUGUGGGAGGAGGAGAGCGGCUUCCGGCAGGAGGGGUCCUCGGGCUCCCGCGUGCGCCGCGAGGAGCGCGUCUUCCUGGCGGGCAACGUGGAGAUCCGAGAGCGCCGCCUGUUCAACCUGGACGUGCCCGAGCGCCGCCGCUGCUUCGUGAAGGUGCGCGCCUACGCCAACGACAAGUUCAGCCCUGGCGAGCAGGUGGAGGGCGUGGUGGUCACGCUGGUCAACCUGGAGCCCGCCCCUGGCUUCUCCGCCAACCCCCGCGCCUGGGGCCGCUUCGACAGCGCGGUCACCGGCCCCAACGGCGCCUGCCUGCCUGCCUUCUGCGACGCCGACCGGCCCGACGCCUACACGGCCCUCGUCACGGCCACCCUGGGCGGCGAGGAGCUGGAGCCGGCGCCCUCCCUGCCCAGGCCGCUCGCGGCCACCGUGGGCGUCGCCCAGCCCUACCUGGACAGGCUGGGCUACCGCCGGACGGACCACGACGACCCCGCCUUCAAACGCAACGGCUUCCGCAUCAACCUCGCCAAACCCAGGCCCGGCGACCCAGCUGAGGCCAACGGGCCGGUGUACCCGUGGCGCAGCCUGCGGGAAUGCCAGGAGGCGCCGGUGACCGCCAGCCACUUCCGCUUCUCCCGCGUGGAGGCGGACAAGUACGAGUACAACGUGGUCCCCUUCCGCGAGGGCGCGCCUGCCUCCUGGACGGGGGAUCUCCUGGCCUGGUGGCCCAACCCGCAGGAGUUCCGGGCCUGCUUCCUCAAGGUGAAGAUCCAGGGCCCCCAGGAGUACAUGGUCCGCGCCCACAACGCGGGGGGCAGCCACCCGCGCACCCAGGGCCAGCUGUACGGGCUGCGGGACGCCCGCAGCGUGCGAGACCCCCAGCGUCAGGGCACCUCCGCCGCCUGCGUGGAGUUCAAGUGCAGCGGGAUGCUGUUCGACCAGCGUCAGGUGGACAGGACGCUGGUGACCAUCGUGCCCCAGGGCAGUUGCCGCCGCGUGGCCGUCAACGGGCUCCUUCGGGACUACCUGGCUCGGCACCCCCCACCCGUGCCCGCCGACGACCCGGCUGCCUUUGCCAUGCUGGCCCCCCUGGACCCUCUGGGUCACAACUAUGGUGUCUACACAGUCACUGACCAGAGCCCGCGGCUGGCCAAAGAGAUCGCCAUUGGCCGCUGCUUCGACGGCUCCUCCGAUGGCUUCUCCCGGGAGAUGAAGGCUGAUGCCGGCACGGCUGUCACCUUCCAGUGCCGGGAGCCGGUGGCCGGGAGGCCCAGCCUCUUCCAGAGGCUGCUGGAGUCCCCCGCGACGGCACUCGGAGACAUCCGCAGAGAGAUGGGUGAGGUGAGCCGGGCACAGGCCCGAGCCUCGGGUCCCCUCCGCACCCGCCGGGGCAGGGGCCGGCAGUGACCUGGGCCUGUGUAGCUUUCCUGCCUCUCUCCGGACUCUGCUGUCCCCGGGAAGUCUCGCCCCCCUUUCUUCCCCAGACGGCCCCCUGCCCAGGUUUCUGGGUCGGCUUUCCCCUCCCCUGCCCGGGAUUUAGGGUCAAGACAAGAAC